CAUGGCACCGCUCAAGUCGAGGCAGACAUUUUUCAAUGCAAGAUUUUUUUUCUUGCAUAAAUUAUGUUCAUGACGUAGUGCAAAAGGACAAUUUGGGGACAAUUUUGUCCGAGUUUACAGGUCCGGGGGGGGGAUUCCGGGAGACACCCGGAGGAUUCCUGAUGCUGUGAACUGUUGCAGAAAGGCCACCGUCAUUAAAUAUUAAGGCAGAGGAGAUCCUAACAUUGCAGCCCUCCUUAUCAAUGCAAAUACGUCUCUUUUGUGUGCAGUCAGAGCGCCUGUCUGGGAGCUGAGAUGAAUUUCUAAUGAUGUGUGACUGAAACAAACUGUGACAGGGGGCCUUUUAACAGCGGCGGAUCACGGAAAGUGAAGCUGCAUUUCCGCGAAUGCCAGCAAGACAUUGUCUGGGGUGGUGCAGCGAGCCAUGAACUCCCAGGAUCUUCCUGCCAAAGAUGGCCCGCUCACUGUCAAUGAGCAGCCAUUCACUGUCUGACAGCCGAGGUCUUUUUUCAGCCAUUUAAAUCCUGCACUUUGAAUUUCCCCUGCCAGGGACGACCAGGUUAUCGUCAUGUCUGGUCAGGAGACCAUCCGUGUGCUAGAAGUUGAGGUGGACGCGUCCCUGCCGUCGUCGGCACCCGAUGGGAAGAGUGAGGGCAAGGCGGAGGAGGCGACGGCUCAGUGUGCAGAGAAAGCCGAGGCCGCCAGCAACCAGAACAGCCCCACAACGCCCCACGGCGCUGGUGAAGCAGUGAUUGGUGAGCAGCAGGUGGCGUCUGUCGAGGCUUCGGCUCCUGCUGUCCAAGCGGUGAAUCCUGCGGCUCCCCUCAGCGUGUCCCUCCCCCAGACCCAGGCCGCCAUGCCCAUCACAGUGCAAGGCUGUCCACAGAUCCUGACGCAGGAAAGCCUGGCCACUUUGAUGACUGGUAUGAUGGCUCAGACGGGGUCACUGGGCCAGCCUCUGCUUAUCCCCCUCAACAUGGCCGGUUCCAUCGCCGGCCAGGGGGGCUUAGCUGUUCUCACCCUACCGACCACCAACGUAGCCACGCUCCCCGGCCUCACAGCAGCUAACCCAGCGGGAAACCUCCUCAAACUGCCCUUUGCUGGCCUACAAGCUGCGACAGUUCUGAGCUCGGUUCAGCCCCAGCUGCAGACAAACACCCACACAAUGUUCCAGCCCCAAGCAGCAUCCAUACAGCCGGUGCAGGCGGCGGUGCAGCAGGUGCCUCCCCAGCAGACCCGGGUCACCAGCGCGCCGGUCACCUCUGCUCAGGCCGCCGCUGCCCAGGUGACCUCUGUGGCCAACGCCGUCUCUCAGCCCAACAUAUCUGUGGCAGCGCUCCAGACAGCAGGCCUGUCCAUCAACCCGGCCAUCAUCAAUGCUGCUUCUUUGGGUGCACAGCCUCAGUUCUUCAGCUCCCUGACAUCGACCCCCAUCAUCAACAGCGCCGUGGCCAGCAUGGCGGGCAUCACCAGCCAGAUCAUCACAAAUGCCCAGGGCCAGGUUAUAGGGACCAUCCCGCUGUUAGUGAACCCAGCGUCUCUGGCUGGAGGGGCCGCAGCGCCCACUCUGCCUCUGCAGGGUCUCCAGCUCCAGACCAUCGCCCCCCAGCUGCUUCUCAACACCCAGGGCCAAAUCAUCGCCACCGUAGGAAACGGACCCGCUGCCGUUGCAACUUCUGCUGCAGUUCUGCCUAAAGCUACAGCUCCUGCUACAAUUACCAAACCAAGCGCACAGGCUUCAGUAACAAGUGUCACUCAGUCACCUGUUGUCAUUGCACCACAGCCGUCUGCACUGAAGACCUCGACCACACUCUCCUCAACAGCCCCCGUCUCCUCUGGAGACAUGGCAAAAGUGGGGCACCUUGUCGGCAAGCCUCAGCAGGCGGCCAGCAGCGAGGAAGGCAUUAACUUGGAGGAAAUCCGCGAGUUUGCCAAGAAUUUCAAGAUCCGUCGGCUGUCCCUGGGCCUCACGCAGACUCAAGUCGGACAGGCCCUCACUGCCACGGAGGGUCCGGCCUACAGCCAGUCCGCCAUUUGCAGGUUCGAAAAGCUUGACAUCACCCCCAAGAGUGCUCAGAAGCUGAAGCCAGUUUUAGAGAAGUGGCUCGCUGAGGCCGAGCACUGGAACCAGAAAGGCCAGCAGAACCUGAUGGAGUUCGUCGGCGGCGAACCGUCCAAGAAGCGCAAGCGGCGCACCAGUUUCACGCCUCAGGCGAUCGAGGUCCUUAACUCCUACUUUGAGAAGAACGCUCUGCCCACGGGCCAGGAGAUCACGGAGAUCGCCAGAGAACUGAAUUACGACAGGGAGGUGGUGCGGGUGUGGUUCUGCAACAGGCGACAGACACUGAAGAACACGAGCAAGAUCAAUGUCUUCCAGGUUUAGAAACGUCCUCGUCAGGAUGGGAUGAAAAUGGAUUGAUUUUUUUUUUUUUUUUUAAAAACAACAAAAAUCAAGAUAAUUGUAAAGUUGUGCAUACGAAUGAGUUAGAACUGUGUUCUAAGGGUGCGUGUGUGGACACUAAACCAGUGCGCCACAUACUCAGAUAUCCUGCAUGGUCCUUUUAUCUCUCAGUUGUGAUAACGUGCCACAUUUAAGAUACUUGAUCAACCUUUUUUAAUGAGUACUUUUAUAAGCUAACCCUUCUCAUUUAUUUCAAGUGUUUGUGUAAUAAGUCUAAGCAGUUUUAGUCUUACGUAUGUUAUUCUGUCGUCAUAUAAGAUGAUCGGCUUAUUUUUUUUCCUCCCCUGCUUUCAAUCGUCUGCCGAGCUCCAACAACUUUAGUUCGGCCCAGCGCUUUGGGACAAUCAUCCCGUUCGACGGAUAAUCAGAAAGACGAGAUCAAAAUCUGCGCUCGUUCUUUCUCACGUUGGCGUUCAGAUUUUGCUCGAGGCGUGUGAACUCGGUCUCGUUCUCAGUGCCGAUGCUGCAGGCGCGAUAGGUCGGUCCGCUGGUCUCCCUUUUUUAAUGCGUCGUGGCAGAACGACACACGACGUGUGUGAAUAAGCCAAUCUGUCUGUUGGACUUUACACUUUAGGUGCUUGUUUUUGUUCGGAGGGUAUUUCACUCUCUCUUCAAUCUGUUUUGGACCUUUGACUAAUAACCUAAAUACCAUAUGUUUAAGUAGGAACUUAUUGGAACGACUUAUUGGCACAGCUGCUAAAAAUGUGUAAAUAGCCUUAUGAUAAAUAUAUCUUUGAUUGCAGUAGGUUAAUCUCUCACUGAAAUAUGUUGUGAGAGGGAUCCUUGGUCACUCUGUUGCUCUAGUUCGUCAAGAGUCUUGCGUCCUCUUCGCUCUUCAGUUCAGGUUUUCUGUGGGAGUCAGGGCUGAGGUAGCGCUGGAAGAAGGUUGAUUUGAAUCCUUUCGUCAUUGAUUUGGAACAUAAAUGUCACAGUGAGGUCCAAUCUUCAGUUUAGCCACCACACAUUUGUUUAAAAUCAUCAAAAGAAAAGCUGGCCCACAGCAUCAUAAUACGUCCUCCGCUGUAUUUAAGGAUGGGAGUGAGGUGCCGUCGUACAUUUUUAUUCAUUGGUUCAGGCCAUAGCCAUCUCAAGUGGAUUUUGUAAAAUCCAUUUUUUGGGGAUUUAAUUUCCUCUCUGAGUAAAUGUACUCAAGUCCAUUUUUCUGACUCUUCAGUAAUAAAAGAUGAAUUAAUUUUAA